GCAGCCGGUGCUGUGCUGAGCUGAGCUGUGCGGGUCGGAGCUGGGAUUGCGCUGACUGACUGUGUGAGCACAGCCACAGCGGCAGCGGAGCCGCUACUUUGUAUCCGCUGAGGGACACUUUGUAUCCAUCGCCGGCUCCAUCUCCCGCAUCAUUCCCUUCCUCCCUCUCUCUCUCGCUCGCUCUCUCAUUCCCUGUCUCCACCCGGAGUCGGGCAACGGCGGAGGGGACCCGGGGGUUGGGAGGCCGGGAGUCCGGGGCGGGAGAGGCCGGAGCCGCCCCGCGGCCAUGGUUCGCUUGGAGGCGGCGGCGGUGCUGUUGGCCGCGUUACUGCAGGCAACAGUGGAAGCAAAUGGAAUCUCACUAUGCUUGGCUGGAUUUACAGACGAUACCUACUAUGCGGUCGUGUCAAGGGACAUUUACAAAGGCCAACCUCUCCUAAAUGUGGUAUUCAACGACUGUUUUGGAAGCAUUUCCUUUCGCUACGAAUUGAGCGACCCAAGGUUCAGAGUCCAGCGAGAUGGGGUUGUGUUUGCGGCUGAAAGCUUUCGUCUCUCUGGAAAGCAGCUGAAGUUUGUAAUAACGGCUCACAAUACCCAGUCAGUGCAACAGUGGCAAGCUGCUGUCAAGUUGGCCGGCCGAUCGGAUAGCAGCGCCAUGCAAAGUGGCCCAAAGAGCUGGAAUCCAAGUGGCGUCUCCCUGCCGUGGAAUGUUCCGGAUAUCUUGUUCCCAGCCGUCCGACCAGCGAGCAUUGGUCAGCUGAAGCGGCAGAAGAGAGAUUGGGUCAUCCCGCCAAUCAACGUGCCCGAGAAUGAACGCAGUCCUUUCCCAAAGGAUUUGGUCAUGAUCCGAUCGGACAGGGAUAAAAAUCGCUCGUUGCGCUACAGUGUCACGGGCCCGGGAGCAGACCAGCCACCUAAUGGGCUGUUCAGCAUUAACCCCAUCUCCGGACAACUCAUCGUGACCAGACCUCUGGAUCGGGAACAGAUACCUUCAUACCACCUCCGAGCCCACGCCGUGGACUUGAAUGGAAACCAGGUGGAAAACCCAAUCGACAUCGUCAUAAAUGUGAUCGAUAUGAACGACAAUCGUCCAGAGUUCCUGCAUCCCACCUGGAACGGCUCAGUCCCUGAAGGGUCAAAACCAGGCACGUUCGUGAUGACCGUGACUGCUAUUGAUGCCGAUGACCCCAAUACUUCCAAUGGCAUUUUGCGAUACAAGAUCCUCUCCCAAACUCCGAGCAGUCCCUCCUCGAACAUGUUCACCAUCAACAAUCAGACCGGGGACAUCUUCACGGUGGCUGCAGGUCUCGACCGUGAGAAAGUUCCACAGUACACGUUGAUAAUCCAAGCGACGGACAUGGAGGGCAGCCCGAUGUACGGACUCUCUAACACCGCCACGGCCAUCAUUACCAUCCAUGAUAUCAAUGACAACCCACCGGAGUUCACCUCUGCAACGUUCUACGGAGAAGUACCGGAGAACAGGUUUGAUAUCAUCGUGGCAAACCUGACGGUGACGGACAAAGACCAGCCCCUGACGGAUGCGUGGUACGCCGCCUACCGGAUCAUCGGUGGGGAUGCAGCGGGUCACUUCAUCAUCCCCACUAAUCCCAUCAAUAACGAUGGCCUGGUCACUGUGGACAAGCCGAUAGAUUACGAGAGUAACCGAGCUUUUGUACUGACGGUGAUCGCUGAGAACCAGGUGUCCCUGACCAAGGGCAUCCAGCUCCCCCCUCAGUCCACCGCCACCGUCUCCAUCACCGUCAUCGACGUGAACGAGAGCCCGCGCUUCGUGCCCAACCCCAAGGUGGUCCGGCAGCAGGAGGGUCUGCCCGAGGGCAAGGUGGUCGCCUUCUUCACCGCUGAGGACCCCGACCGAUACAUGCAGCAGACCAUGAGAUACUCCAAGCUGUCGGAUCCAGCCAACUGGCUCAAAAUCGACCCCCUCCGUGGACAAGUCACGACAAUCGCCGAGCUGGACCGUGAAUCGCCGUUCGUGAGGAACAACAUGUACAACGCCACCUUCCUGGCGUCGGACAACGGUAUCCCUCCAGCGAGCGGGACGGGCACGCUGCAGAUUGUGCUGCUGGAUGACAACGACAACGCCCCCCAGGUCUCUCCACAGGAGGUGUCCAUCUGCGAGAGGCCCGAACCCAACGCCAUCAACAUCACCGCCAUCGACCUCGACAUCGAACCCAACACUGGCCCCUUCGUCUUCGAGCUGCCCGCCACGCCCGAGGACGUGCGACGCAACUGGACCAUAACCCGUCUCAACGGAGAUUAUGCCCAGCUGAGCCUGAAGAUCGGGAUGCUGGACGAUGGCAUCUAUGAGAUUCCCAUCACGAUAAUAGACUCUGGGAACCCUCCUCUCUCCGCCACCUCUGUGCUGCUUAUCAAAGUCUGUCCGUGCAACGAAAACGGGGACUGCACUUCAGCGGAGGCGAUUGUCGCUGCGGGUCUGGGUACUGGAGCCAUCAUCGCCAUCCUGCUGUGCAUCAUUAUCUUGCUGAUCCUGGUCUUGCUCUUUGUGAUUUGGAUGAAGCGCCGUGACAAGGAGCGUCAGGCCAAACAGCUGCUCAUCGACCCAGAGGACGACGUGCGUGAUAACAUCCUCAAGUACGACGAGGAAGGCGGCGGAGAAGAGGACCAGGAUUACGACCUGAGCCAACUCCAGCAGCCCGACACGAUGGAGCCCGACUCCAUAAAGCCCAUGGGCAUCCGCCGUGUGGACGAGAGACCCAUCCACGCCGAGCCUCAGUACCCCGUACGCUCGGCUGCCCCCCAUCCUGGCGACAUCGGGGACUUCAUCAACGAGGGUCUGAAGGCGGCUGACAACGACCCCACCGCACCGCCCUACGACUCGCUGCUGGUGUUUGACUAUGAGGGCAGUGGCUCGAUGGCAGGCUCCUUGAGUUCCCUCAACUCCACCAGCUCUGGAGGAGACCAGGACUACGACUACCUGAAUGACUGGGGCCCACGGUUUAGGAAGCUGGCAGACAUGUACGGAGGAGGCAGCGAUCUCUAAGGAGCCCUCGAGCGACGAGCGAGCAAACCAACCAACGAACCCCCAAACCCCACCACCCCCACCCACCCUGCCCUGGAACUAAACAUGGCCGACCGUGAACUCUUUUAAACCGAUCUGUGCGACAGACCAUACAUGCACAUCACCCUCACUGGACAAAAGCCUAGGCUUUAACUCUCUCUAGUCAAUUCUAACCGCCGCCUGUCAAAAGCUUUGGUGUAACUUGCGUAAAGGGCGUCGCGGGAUGAUCGGUCAAUCAAAGCUGUUUUAUAGAGAGAAAAUAAUUGAUUAUGAGAACUCUUUGUCACGUUUGAACUUCAACGUACAGAAGCACUGGGAUUUUGUGCCUUUUUGUACACUUCUCGAUCUGAAUCUUUAAGUUUAACAAUAACUGUGACCCUUUUUUUCUUUCUCGAAGUGGUUAUCUCUUUUUUUUUUUUUUCUCCUCCCCGCGACCCCAGGCAAAGCGGAGGGGUUGGGGUUGGGGUGGGGAGGAAAUGCGGUUAGAAAUCGAUACACAAGUUAGAAAAUGGUGAGCUGUUCUCUGCUUUCAGUAUGAAGAAAGAUACCAUGGACACCAAAUUUCAUACACUUUUUGUCUAUUCUUUUCUUUUUUUU